UUUCCUUACCGAAGGCCAGAAUCCUCCGUCGUCGGGCGUGCGUGAGCUUACCUCAGCUUCGCUUAUCUUAGCUCAGCCUAGCUUAGCUUAUCUCAGCUUAGCUUUCUUCUCGAUGGGGCGGCCAGCAGAGGCGGGGGGGUCGCGGGAGCCGCUGGUGGAAGAUGGUGCCGAGGUGUUCGAUUUCCUCGCGUCGAUCGUGAGCGAGAUCGAGCUGGCAGGGGGCGGCACGGACCUCGAGCUGAGAGGCAAGAUCGAGGAGCUGCGAGCCGUGUCGUCCGUGACUGCGGCGCAGACCAGCAGCUCGCUAGAGCAGAUGCAGCAGCAAUUUGCGACUCUGAGCCAGAGACUGGGAGACCUGGACAGGAGAGUGACGUCAGCAAUGGAAGACCCGUCCAUGCGGCAUGUGCUGCAGGGUAGUGCGCCCCUCUUUGCCCCCAGCUUGGGGGAUGGAAGGAGGGAAGAGGGGGAGGAGAGCGGGGGAACGGAGGGGAGUGGUGCAGCUAGGGGAGAGGUUGGGGAGAGCAUGGGGGAAGGUGGUGGGAGGAGGGAAGAUGGAGGAAUGGGGGAAGAUGGAGUGAGGAGGGAAGGUGGAGGAAGGAGGGAAGGUGGAGUGAGGGCAGGUGGAGAGAGCGAAAGUGGAGAGAGGAGUGCGGGUGCUGGAAGCAGUGACGAUGUGAGCGAUGGGACAGGAGCAAGCAGCAAUGCUUUUGGUGGUCCUGCUCUGCCUGGUGGUAGUUCGAGUGCUGCUGGUAACUCCAAAAUUGCCGAUGUUGAGUGAGGUAAUGUCGACUGAUGGUGUUGCUUGAUGUGUUACGUUUCAAAUUCGUGGUUGUACACUAUUGUACGUUGAAGUUUUAUUUAUGGAAGUGAGAAAAGGUUCUGUACC